UCCAUGCCGUUGCUACACCCGUCACUCCAAAGCCUCUCUCAAUGCUUUCUCAGCUCACCGCGUGGCGUUCACGAACCAAACGGCGCCGUUUCCAACAAUUGAUCUUUAUUGCUGUGCCCCGUUAGAUCAACGGGUGGUGAUGAUGGGACUCAAAAUUCUGUAGAAAGCUGUUCAUCAAGCAUUCAUAAAAUAAGAACACGAAGCCUUUUGUUUUUACUGAUAUCGGUGGUUGAGGGUGGAUUUUUGCGAGACCAACGAAUUUAGGGUUUCUUUUUUUUUUUUGCAUUUUCCGAUGACGUAUUACGAUAAUGACGGUGGUCGUCGGAGAGGGGAGGUGGUGCCGGACCUCACCUUCACAAUCCAAGAUGAUGAUAAAAAUGGGGAUUAUAUUAAAUUGAGGGCCAGCAUCGACGAUGGUCCUCCGCCGGUUACGGCGGAGGAGUCUCCUACGCCAGCGAAAAGAGCCGCUUUGUGGUAUUGGGUUAAAUUGGUGCUCUUAUUUUUAUGCCUGGGGUUCUUAGCUGUUAUUGUGCUCGUGUGGGUCGGUCCCUAUCUCAUAGACAAGGAGGUUAUCCCAAUAAUUAAUUGGGAGACAAGGACUUUUAGUACUCCGGUGCUAACGGUGUUGGUGUUUGCUUCUGUGGCACUAUUCCCAACCAUACUUUUGCCAUCUACACCCUCCAUGUGGUUGGCCGGAAUGACAUUUGGUUAUGGCAUAGGGUUCUUGCUAAUUAUAUCUGCAGCAGCUAUUGGUGUAUCACUUCCUUUUAUCAUUGGCUCAAUCUUCUUCCACCAUAAAAUUGAAGCGUGGUUGGAUAAGUACCCAAAGAAAGCUUCUAUUCUUAGAUCUGCUGGGGGAGGGAGCUGGUUUCAUCAGUUUCGGGCAGUUGCCUUAAUCAGGAUUUCCCCAUUUCCUUACAUGAUCUACAACUACGUAGCUGUGGCAACAAAUGUUAAGUAUGGGCCUUACAUAGUUGGUUCCUUGGUUGGAAUGGUGCCAGAAGUAUUCGUUGCAAUCUACACGGGAAUUUUGAUUCGGACAUUGGCUGAUGCUUCACACGAAAAACAUUCUCUAUCUGCCCAGCAAAUUAUUCUCAAUGUUGCUGGCUUCUGCUUAACUGUGGCGACAACCAUCUUAAUCACUGCAUAUGCUAGAAGACGGCUCGACGAGUUACAAAGGGAGGAGGAGCCAUUGUUGCAGUAGUCACAACUAGUUUCAGUCCUGGCUUUGUUGUUUCCUGUAUGAAGGGUUACUACUAUUUCAUACUCUGACAAUUGGUGCACAUUGCACUGCUGGGAAGAAGGGGGGGGGGGGGGUUAUGGAGCAAUUUCAUCCAUUAGAAGAGUUGACCGUCAAAUGUAUUAUAACUGGAAGGGUUGACCAAAUGACAUUGGAGGAGCAAGCUAACAUGACCAACACCGUUUUAGUUCAACGUUUCCAUACCUUGUUCCUUUUUUUACUGCUUCCAUCUCAUUUGUCAUUGUAUAUGAAUGAAAUCCCCGAUCUAUAGCAUUGAUUUGGACAUGGCAAGGUU